AUGCUCAAAGCAGAACUCUUGACAUCGGAGCCAUCGCUGCGAGCAUCGACCUCUGCCCAGAAGUCCAUGCAUGUCGGAGCGCAAGUCAUCACGCCUGGCACGCUGCUUUUGUUCACCAUGUUUCUCGCGCACAUGUCUGCGCAGAGUAUGCGAGCUGUGUUGCAGAGUCGGCAAGUGCGGCGACGGCUCCAUCUUGGCUUGCAGCCAUCUUCCUCCCACAAGUUCAUUUCUGAAAGAAAAGCAUCGAUCAGAGCGGUGUCCAGCACAGGACGCAGCGCUGAUGCUACGCCUUUUGAUUUGGACGUGAACCAGCUCUUGCUGCCCGAAGACUCCGAAGACCGUGGUUUGGCUGCAUUUGCGCACGUGCAAAGCUUGCUGAGUGGUUGGAAUCGCCAGAGGCGAAAGAUUGGAAAGAAGCCAGAGAAAAGCUUUGGCAAACCGAAGCAUGAAGUGCUGAAAGAGAAGUACGAAGAGAAUCGACGCAACCUGGCUCGUUACCGCCUGCGACCUGAAGAAGUUGAAAAGAUUGCCAGACAUGAUGAGUUGGCUGCAGAGCUUGCUUCUCUCAAAGCACACUUGAAAGAUGCACAAGUCAAGCUGCUGCUGAAGAAAGUGCACUCACUUGAGCAACAGCUGUGGCGCUCCGGAACUGCCUUGGUGGGCUUGUCCAACAGCAUGAGUAUGAUGGGUCGGGGAGCUCAGCGACCCAUUUCUGCCCCAGCCAUGCAAGAGGCUGGUGGGGUGGUGGAGAUCCCGUCCUCAGCGGCCGUGGUGGAUCCGCACGAUCCGGGCGGUUCAAACCCGGAGCAUCCGGUAUCCUCGAAAGACCCCGUGGAGGCGCGAGGAUCGACGGGUGGCCAGGAUCGGUCUCGUGCGGUGAUCUUUUUUCCAGGCGCCAUUGACACGUUGGGCGGCCGUUGGGGUUGGUUUGUGGAAGGUAUCAUAGCCGCGACCCUGAGGAUGGAAUUCUUACAUUACCCCGUGAAGGCGGGCGAGGGCAUCGGCACCCGAACGCAGAGACUUUGGAUGUCAGGGCUGGUUUUUCUCCAGGCGGUCCUCACGGUGGCACGGGUGGUCUACUUGUACCAAGCCUUGGGAGGCUUCUUCCUGGGCCUGAUUGUGAUCUUAGGUUGGCACUCCUUGAAGAAAGGUCUGGAUAUCACCAUGGUAUGCCUCUGGGGCCUGGUCAGCAGCUUCUUGUUGCUCUAUGACACCAUUGGUGCUCUCACCGGUGUGAUCAUGGAGACCUUCCACUUGCAAUUCCUCAAGGUAGCCAUCAUUGUGGCCCUGCCCUUGGUGGAAUUCCUGUCGGUCAGCUUUGCGUGGGAACUCUUCAAAGAACACGAACGUGCCGGAGGCCUCUUCAAACCCUUCUUCAGCGACGGCAGUGAGCCGCCCAAGCAGAUCUAUGGGGCGGACGGGAUGUCCGGUUUGGGCCCGAAGCAGUACGAUGGUGCUUCGCAGUAUGGUACUUCGCAGCGCGACAAGAUGACACCCUUUCACACCGGCUACAUCCCGCAGGAGAUGCACAACCCCACCGACACGGCCAGUCGCAAGCAGAACUUUGCAUGCUGCUGA